AAGCAGAAUUAAUUAUAAAAUGUAUUUGUAUGUCUUUUUUUGUGAACCUCUUGCAAAUUGUUAAUAAGUAUCAACUUUUCUUUCAACAGAGGCCAAACGCCACCACCACGAUGCCUCCUCCAGGUGUUUGUCUCAACAUCAUGGAGAUUCGGAACAAGAUGAGCAGUCGUGGAACUCAUGCGGACAAGUACCUCAACCAAGACUUUGACCAGCUGAAACAAUACUACCUCAUUGGCCCGGUGGUGUGGAAGAGACCCUGGAAAAUUGUUCAGAAUCCAUGUUUUACCGUUGAAGGAAUUUCCAGGUUUGAUUUUGGCCAGGGGUUUGUGGGGAAAUGCUGGUUUCUUGCAUCAGUUGGAGCUCUGACAUUCCAGGAACACAUCCUUUCUCAAGUCAUCCCACUGCAGCAAGAUUUUGAUGAAGACUACUGUGGGAUCUUUCACUUCAAGUUUUGGUGGUUUGGACGGUGGGUGGAUGUUGUCAUUGAUGAUAUGUUACCAACAAUCAAUGGAAAACUCAUCUUUGUUCACUCGAGAACCCCAAAUGAGUUCUGGCCUUCUUUAGUGGAGAAAGCCUACGCCAAGGUGUGCGGCUCCUAUUCAGACAUGAAUGCUGGCACUCCUGCGGAGGCGUUGGUGGAUUUCACUGGUGGCGUGCACAUGUGUAUCCAGCUGGCAGACCCUCCUAAAAACCUGUGGGAGCUCAUGUACAGAGCUGGAAAAUCCAGGUCACUGAUGGGGUGUGGAACACCUCAGGGGGUAAGUAGUUAUACAUGUGUUAUAUGUCUUCUGUUGACUUCAUGCACAUGUGGUUUGGCACAAGACAAGACCAAACAAGCCAGAUCACCUUUGUGGCAAACUGUGAGUCCUGAAGAUCGUGAAAUGUGCCUGUCAGUGGCUGACAAUGGAGAGUUCUGGAUGACUGUAGAAGACUUUUGUCGGUUCUUUGACGAUCUUGAUAUCUGCUCUCUGUGUCCUGACUUUCUGGACGGGAACUCGUCUUGCCACCGGAAGGCCACCUUCAACGAAGGCCGAUGGGUUGCAGGACUCACUGCUGGAGGAUGCAUAAAUUACAGUGAAAGUUUCUGGACCAAUCCACAGUACCGGGUCAAGAUUGAGAAGUUGCUGAGUGAAUGUGCCAAGGAACAGGGAAGUCAAAACAUGCUGAUAUCUCUCAUGCAAAAACCUGACAAGAGAAACAGACGCCUCGUCAAAAACCUGCACAUCGGAUUCUCUGUGUACGAGAUUCCACAAGAAUACAAAGCUCACAAAGGGAAGUUCCCUGACACCUUCUUCAGCAGUUUCACGCCCAUUGCCAAAACGAAUGCACGUGAGGUGAUGGGGUUCUUCACACUGGAGCCUGGGGAAUACCUGGUUGUUCCGUCCACUUUCAAACCCAACGAGACGGCCUCCUUCAUCCUGACCAUCCUCUCCAAGGCAGAGACUCAUGUCCAUGAUCCUAGUGAACAUUCCGGCAUCCAGAGCCACAAGGACACAGAAGAUAAAAAGUACACAAGAAUUAAAACAGUGGAUUUAAAUGCGGAAAAAAUGCACGAUGGGCAAGAUGACAGUAGGAGAGUCUUGUUUCGACAAUACUCAGACAAGUAUGAAGAAGUGGAUGCUGAGCAGCUCCAGGAAAUUUUAAAUCAAAAGAUUUUUCAAGGAGACCUGAAAUAUGGAGGCUUUAGCCUUGAUGCUUGUCGCAGUUUUGUUGCACUGAUGGACACAUCCAUCACUGGCAAACUGAACAGUUCCGAAUGUGUCCGUCUGUGGAAGAAGAUUGAAACAUACAAGGACAUUUUCUCCCGCACUGAUGUUUCAAAAAGGGGAACACUGUCCCUGAGUGAGCUGAGGAACGUGUUCAUGGCUUCAGGACUGAGCGUGAGCGACGACAUGCUGAGUUUGAUGGCUGUGCAGUAUGGCACUUCCUGUGGUCACUUGACCCUGGAGAGCUUCAUCAGCCUCAUCCUCCGAUUCGAGUGCAUGUCCAAAAUCUUCACACAGUUGUCUGAUGGAAACACCAUGACUCUUCAUGAAUUGGAGUGGAUGUACAUUUCAAUGUACACUUAACACCAGAGACGAGACAUACACGUGGACGUCGAACGACUCUCAAACGUGCAUAUUAACAAGGC